AUGGCAAGUACUUUGAAACAGAUGACCACUACGGGUGGAGGUGCUAUAGAUUUUGACUAUGAGGAAGAAGAAAAGGUUGAUCAUAAGCUGCAAAUAGAGUUCACUCAAAUGAAUACAUUCAUAUUGAAAGCAGACAAUACUCUCUUCAGCUUUGGAGGUAACUCACCAUGCCUAGGAAGAGAUAUUGCUCCAGAGGAUUCUAUUGAUAAACCUGGGCAGGUCAUAGUUGGGGACAAUGAACUGAUCAAAUAAAAUUGCGACUGGAAAGAAUCAUGUACUAGCUUUGACUACAAAAGGAAAAAUCUAUGCUUGGGGGAAGAAUAGCAAAGGACAACUGGGAAUAGGAUCUAAAGGAGACAAGAAGAGCUUACCGACAAGGUUAGACAUCCCAGAAGAUAUUAGCGAUAUAUUUGCAGGGGACUGCAUCUCUAUGGCAAUUUGAACACCUCAAAUGAACAAAGACAGAAAGGAUAAGCGUAAGAUCUACUCCUGGGGAUGGAACAAGUACAACAAGUUAUUUGCUAAUAAGAAGCACGCAAAGGCUGAUAUUAUUAUCUGUCCAACAGAGAUCAAGCUAGAUGUCCUAAAAUUAGGAGCUCCCAUGGAUCAUGAUACCAACACUUAUGAUAUGAUGUUCAAUUUAAAUUCUCAUGAUCUCAAUACAAUGGCUUUUAAUAUUGAGAACAAUAAGGUGAAUCAACUCCAUCAGAACGACAGAAGAAUCGAACAACUAAGCCUUGAAAACUACAAGCUUAAAUAAAGAGAAGAAGAGGCUUGAAAAUCUUCUUAAAUCCAGAACAGAGGAAAUGCUCGAGAAGUUCCUCAAGAGUGAAAAUAAAAUCAUCUUGGGUGGUUCCAUUGAAGGAAACAAGAGCAUCACAAACCUCACAAAGAUGAUUGCUCAGACUCAAAAUGAAAGAGAGGAAGCUGAAAAAGUGAAGGCCUCCAAUACCAUUAGGAUUGAUGAAUUGAAGCAAGAAAUAAUCUCAUUCAAGAACGAACUCCAAAAAUUUGUUGGUGAAAAACCUACUGAUGACUCAGAAGAUCAAAUGAAAAACCAAAAACUGAUCUUCCAGUUAAACAAGAAUAUUAAGAGGGCAGAGAGAGAAAAGAGAAAACUUGACCAAGAUCUUGAAAAUAUCUAUAACCUGGAGGAACGAGAGAAAGUCUUCAAAUCAGCAAUCGAUGAGUUAAAGACAUAUAUCACUAAAGACUAUCUGAGCAAGAAUGAAAAUGAGAUAGAAGACCUUGUCAAGAAAUUUUAUAGAUUGUUUAAGAAAUCUAUCCUCACUGAAUUCGAUGUCAUUGCUCAAGAAAAUCCCGAUAUGGGAGGGGCUUUUGACAUCCUUGAAGAAAGUCGUGCAAAGCUGAGCGAAAUCGAGAAAUACAAUGAAAAGAUUACCAAAAAUAAUGAAGACGUGACAUAUGAUAUUUAUAAGAUGAUCAAGCAUAUCUUUACAGACAACAUUAAUUUGAGAAAGAAGGUUAAUGGCUACAUCGAGGCAUUCUUGAAACAGACUGAGAACUUCAGAAUGAAAAAGUACUAAUA